GAUAAGCCAUAUAAAGUUAUGACGAAAGAUAUUGAUCUAAAGAGGAGCAAAUCUGAUGAUGGUGAUCUAGCAAGUAAACCUAGAUUACUACUUGGAGACCAGGUUAGGUCAAAUUCUACUGGUCCAUUUAGGUCAAAUUCUCUUGAUCGAUUUCUGAGACGUGCUGAGAAAGUUUGGGCAGUUUCUACCAUAGAAAAGAAAGAUGUUGAAUCUCAAAAGCCUAUACUGGAGUCUAAUCAGGGACCAGAAGGAGAAGAAGAAGAAAAAAAAGUUGGUGAUCUGGUGCAGGUGGGACAACACAACUAUUUCAUAGUUGACAUCUUCGAGAAAGAGAUCAUGGAGUUAGGAGACAAAGUGGAUCUAAACUUCAAGACAUUUAACAACUUCGAAGUUGUUGACGGAGGCGCUCCAUUGGAUCACCACUUCUACAAAUACAGGUGUUGUUACUCCUCUUGCUUCUGCUUCUGCACAAACAUUAAUGUUGAGAGAGAGUGGGUAAUUCUAAAGAAACAACUAGCCUUGUGGGGGAAGAAGGAAGUCAGCUUCUGUGUGAGAACUUACACUGAAAGAAAAGAGCUGAUGAGAGUUGCUGCAACCGUGACAAACGGUGAUCAGAGUCACAUGUUGUUCUUCUUUGACAUUAGGUUCCCUAAGAAGUAUCCAUACCAAGCACCGAGUUUCUUCUACCAUCCAUAUGGUCUUCCUUUGAGUAAUCUUGGAACUAAAAAGAAAUUGAGACCUCAACUGCGUUACAACCUAUUAGAUGUGUUUCUCCACAUUGAAGAGAUUGUGAUGAUGAACACCAACAAGUCAUAUCUUCAGAUGGUGGAUAUGCUGAAGCUGCGGCCCAUGGGGUUUGAGGAUUUUGUGAAGGGGCACUUCAGGAAGAAGGGGGCUUUCAUUCUGAGGAACAUGAUGGAUGAGAUGGAUUUGGACAAGGAGAGUGAUAAGAACAUGUUCUUGAAGACGUACAUUGCCUUAGAAGACAACAAAGCUUACUGUGAGCAUCUUCUCAACAGUGAUCUUAAAGAAGAGCUGAAGAAAUUCAAAGAGAAAGAGUCUUCACUAUGCGAGCAUAGCAGGUUCAAUGACAAUCAAGAGACAUCCAAACACCAAAACUCUUGGACCAAGUUCUCGUUCUUGUAG